AAAGGGAAAGUAAAGGUUGCAUUUAGAUUAAUAGACUAUUCCAACCCAUCUCACAACGAACUUGACGGUGGGUGCUGCGACCAAGUAUUAUUCAGUUGUGGCUCUGCUUGUGACAACAGAUUCAAUCUCUGUUUUGAUGAAUAUGGAGGAAAUAACAACAUGGCCCACUGUGAUUAUGGAAACUAUGUAACUAAGCGCCUGUAUGAAAACAAUGACGAUUUCAACUUUCCAAGUUCCCUAAAUGACAAUUUGGUCAACCCAAUCAUAUUGACUAUCAAUCAAUGGUCGACCGGAUUCAGAUCCAAGAUUGAAGUUUGGGACUAUGACCCAUCGAACAGUGACGACAAGAUCGAUUAUUACGGAUACAAUUACAACUAUGUUCCGGCUAGAACAUCAGCUCUGGCAACAGAACACAUUGUGACCCUGAAUGGAGCCGGGACCUCACUAACGAGAGUUGGUGUAAAGGUUUAUUGUGAUGUGCACUACUACGGAACAUCUUCAGGCUGUAACACAUAUUGUUUAGCAAGAGACAACAAUCAGGGCCAUUAUGAUUGCAACGAUAUUACAGGAGCUAGAAUGUGUCACGCCGGAUGGACUGGAUCGUACUGUCAAAAUGAGAUCAAUGAAUGUCAGUCGAAUCCGUGUGAAUCGAACGCAGUCUGCACAGAUCUUUUGGAUGAUUAUUCAUGUAACUGCCCACCUGGUACGAUAGGUAAGAACUGCGUUGACAUCAACGAAUGUUCUUCUAGCCCCUGUGAACAUGGCGGUACGUGCCUGGACAGACUGAACUACUACGAGUGUCAGUGUACCAGGGAGUAUAGCGGUGCUAACUGCGAAUUGGACAUUGACUUCUGCCAAUCUAACCCCUGUAAAAAUAAUGGAACUUGUCUGGGCGAAAAUGACAGUGGACUUCUUGAGUGCGCCUGCGCUGCUGGUUAUACAGGUGUCUUCUGUGCCCAAGAUAUCGACGACUGUAUCGGAGUAGACUGUUUAAAUAAUGGCACCUGUCAUGAUGGCGUUGAUCAGUUUAUAUGCAAUUGCACAGAUGGGUAUGGAGGAACAUUUUGUCAAUUGGAUGUUCGAGACGAGUGUGCAUCUGACCCAUGCCAAAACAACGCAUCGUGCGUCGAUAAGGUUGGUGGAUAUAUUUGUGUAUGUCAAGCUGGUUUCCAGAGUGACCACUGCGAUGAAGACAUCAAUGAAUGUGAUCCGAAUCCUUGUUCUUAUGGUAACUGUACCGAUCGAGUGGGAAGAUACACCUGCGAAUGUCUGCCUGGCUACUCCGGAGAGAAUUGUACAAUCAACAUAGACGACUGCAUGGGUAACAUGUGCGAUAAUAAUUCAACGUGUCAAGACCAUGUGAAUAAUUACACAUGUAUUUGCAUGGCAGGGUAUACAGGCGUUUACUGUGACGCCGAGAUUGAUGAAUGUUCGAGCUCACCAUGUCAAAAUAAUGGAAUAUGCCAGGACAGUGUCAACAGUUUCACAUGCCAAUGCGCGUCGACGGGAUAUCAAGGUCAAUAUUGCGAAAUCGACAUUGAUGAAUGCCAGGGUAGUAGUACAUGCCCAUCGGACACGAUUUGUGUUAAUGUAAACGGAAGUUAUGAUUGUAACAACAUACCUAUGGAACCUACUUCUAUCCCGGGACUGUGUCGGACCAGACUUUGCUAUAAUGAUGGAAUAUGUUCACUCGUCAAUGGAAGCUACCAGUGUGUAUGCUCAGGUGACUUUUCUGGCGAACUCUGUGAGACUCCCACAGAACUCUGUGCAAAUAAUACAUGCAAUUAUGGAACUUGCCAAGUCUUUACAGCGGGAAACGGCUCGGUGUAUUACAAUUGCAUCUGCCAAGAGGGGUAUAGCGGAACGAAUUGCCAAAGUGCAGCAAGAACGGGAAAUAUGGGAGGAGGUGGCUUUACGAACUGGUAUAUCGUACUGAUUGCAAUUAUUUUCGUCCUGAUCAUCUUGAGUGCUGGCAUAUGUUUCUACAAAGUUCGUAGGGAUAAAAGAGAAAAGUUUGUGGACGAUGUACCAACAGUGUUCGCUAAUCCUCAUGCGGACAGUAUCAACAUACCUUCGACACUCGGUGCCGCGGCAGCCCCACCACUUCCACCAAAGAGUAAAUUAGAUGAUCCAAACACGUCAGUGUCCUUCACAAACAAUAUUUACACUGACAUCGAUGGGGCGCAGGCUCGGGGUGCUUGUGCAUUGUCAUCCAAGCCUAAAAACACAGCGGAUGACUUCGAGAAGGAGAACCCCUACGCAACAGGAGGAUAUCUUAAUAUGAAUGGCCAAGCAGGGCAACAUGAGAACCCGUAUGAAUUUGCAAGAGAUCCUGACGUAACCGAUCCUCGUCCGGUGAAAGAAAACGACUACUCGUCAGAUCCAACGAGCGUUAAAAGUAUUCCGAAACCGUUGAAUUUAGAUGGCUCUUACUCAACAACAAUAUUUCCUGGCAAUGAACCAUCGCGCCCAGUGUCAACCAGCAUACCGCCGCCACUUCCACUACGAGAUUCAAUAAGAGUUACCCCGCCAGAGUACGAUGUACCAAAUCUUCAAGGAGUUAAUUCGACGAAGAUCGUUCCUUCAGGAUAUGAUGUACCUCGCACGAUGUCAUCAGCAGUGAGCCCAAGUCCCACAGAUAUUGAUCCCUCGUAUUCCUUUAACAUCUACACCAGUGAUGAAGACCCAUUGACUCUGAACGAAACGCCUAAUCCAUUAUCCCAAGCUGGAGAAGCAAACCCCAACGAAGUAGACGAAAAACCUCCCACUCCCACCACGCCAUCAAGUCCAAAUGAUCCUUACGCUACUACAAUUUUACAUGAAGAAAACUCUCAAUCAAUUGCGUAACAACGUGUGUAAGUACUUAGGUGUUGUAAAGGAUGUGAUUUUAUUGUAAAAAAAAAUAAAUGUAUCCACCACAUUUUGACACUGUCAUGUAGCACAAUC